CGUGUCACUGAAAGUGGAUGCGUGAGCAUCCGUGCUCUCUUCCUGAGCAAUGCCAUUUCGAUGCCUAUGAGCUGGGGUUUCACGUUACAGGUUAUCUGCAUUAAAAUAACAGCAGUUCUGAGUGUUUCAGUCAGUUUUUAAAACUGCCCUGCUAUUGGUAGGGACGCGACAGGAUUACGGCCAAGACUUGCCUGCGUUUCUGCCAAAAUCUGUGUCAGAUUUAAGACACAUGCUCCUGCAAGCUUCCAUGAGGGUUGUGAAAAAAGUUUGAAUCCAGAAUUGGGUCCCAGCCUCCUGUAGCGGCAAACGUUGGUGGCCGCACCACCUCUUUACAAAACAACUUGAACCUGGGGCAUAGGAUGGAGAGAUUGUUGUAAAAUUUGCUGGACGUGAAAUGGAUUUUGAGUGCUUUUUCAUUUCAAGUGGAAGAUAUGUCCACCUCCUGAUUAUUUUUGGAGCAUGAGAACACUGAACAUUUUUUUCAUCUCUCACCACCCCCAUAAGAUUGUGCAAAAACAUACCUUGACUAAUUGAAGUGGUUUCAUUGGAUUUUGAUCACAACUGAUGAUUUGUUUUUCCAUGCGAAGUCUUGGGGUUUCGAGCUUUCCUUCUGGAGAAUGCCUUUGGAAACAGUUUGCUCUAGCUGCCUGAUGUCAACAGCUUGGUAAUCAGUGGAUAUUAAAAUAUUCAAAAUGUACAGACGGUGGGCAGUAGUGAAUAUUUUCAUGAUGUCUUCUCUACAGUUGGUGCAGGGCGCCAGUUUCGAACAUGGACCAGUGAAGCGAGCAUAUCAGUCAAUGUUGGAACGGUCUGAGCAGCAGAUUAGGGCGGCUUCGGGUUUGGAGGAACUGCUGCAGAUCACGCACUUCGAGGACUGGAAGCUGUGGAGAUGCCGGCUGAAGCUCAAAAGUCUCACCAGCUCGGACUCCCGCUCCACUUCCCAUCGGUCCACCAGGUUUGCUGCCACUUUCUAUGACAUCGAGACACUCAAAGUUAUAGAUGAGGAAUGGCAGAGGACGCAGUGCAGCCCUCGAGAGACGUGCGUGGAGGUGGCCAGCGAGCUGGGCAGGAGCACCGACACGUUCUUCAAGCCUCCCUGUGUGAAUGUGUUCCGGUGUGGCGGCUGCUGCAAUGAAGAGAGCCUCGCCUGUGUGAACACGAGCACCUCGUACGUUUCCAAACAGCUCUUUCAGAUAUCAGUGCCUUUGACAUCAGUACCUGAAUUAGUGCCUGUCAAAGUUGCCAACCAUACAGGUUGUAAGUGCUUGUCCACGGCUCCCCGCCAUCCGUAUUCAAUUAUCAGAAGAUCCAUCCAGAUCCCAGAAGAAGAUCGCUGUUCCCAUUCCAAGAAACUCUGUCCUGUUGACAUGCUGUGGGAUAGCAACAAAUGUAAAUGCAUUUUACAGGACGAGAAUCCCCUCCCUGGAAUGGAAGAACAUGCUCCUCUCCAGGAACUGGCUCUCUGUGGGCCGCACAUGAAGUUUGAUGAAGAUCGUUGUGAGUGUGUCUGCAAAACACCGUGUCCCAGAGAUCUCGUCCAGCACCCAGAAAACUGCAGUUGCAUUGAGUGCAGAGAGAGUCUGGAGAGCUGCUGCCAAAAGCACAAGACAUUUCACCCAGACACCUGCAGCUGUGAGGACAGGUGCCCCUUUCACACUAGAACCUGUCCAAAUGGAAAACCAGCCUGUCCAAAGCACUGCCGCUUUCCAAAGGAGAAAAGGGCCACCCAUGGGCCCCACAGUCGAGAAAAUCCUUGAUUCAGCUUCGAUCCCCAAUUCCCCAUCCCUGUCAUUUUAAACAGCAUGCUACUUUGCCAAGUUGCUGUCACUGUUCCAGGUGUUAGGGAAAAAAUCCAUUUUACACAGUACCACAGUGAAUUCAGACCGACCCUCCAUUAAACACCAGCUGAGGAUUCCCUGGCUCACUGACAGAUGUCUUCUAACUAAAGAUGCUCUGCACACCAAGGAAUGGAGAGGAAGGAAUCUGCAUUCCCCAUCCUCCUUUUUUGGGUGAAUGAAAAAGGUUUGAUCAUCAUGGAAUGACAGGCGCCAUGUGAUUAGUUACUCAGAGCAGAUGAGGCCAUUUGCAUAGUCUCCGAGUCCUUUGCUAAUUGCAACUCUCUUGUGAGUUAUUCUGAUUUCUUUCUUAUGCAGAUUUUGAUUUGUAUGAUCAGCACUGAUUAUCUGAUGACUGUCCAGCUUGUAGUUCUACGUUUACCAAACUACUGUCUGUUGUUUCAUAUUUAAGUGUAUUUAAAAAAAAUAAACACAUUAUUCAAGCCGGAGAA